AUGACUGAUCUUUUUGCAUCGCCCGACUGCCCAGCAAUGCUAGCAAGGGCCGGUCCAGAGACUAGUUCUGUUCAUGGAAUUUCUAUCGCCAGGACUCAUUCUGCUAAGAGGCCGACAUGCGCCAUAACAACACAACAGAAGCAUCAAUCUCAUUCAGUCGGCAGAUCACAGCUGUGCACGCGCCAGCCUCGCAGAGCCCGGCACUACUCUUCUUCUUCUUCUCUUUCCUCCAGUAGCCUUAGUAGUGGUAGUGAGUCGAGCGGUAGUUUGACUAAGUCAUCUGACUCACCGGCCAACUCGAAGGCAAAAUAA